AUGGCAGCAGUCUUACAUCCCAGCGUUUCCAAUCCCUUCAGCACGACCCCAGGUCCUCCAACAUGUCGACUGGAAAGUCCCUUCAGCUUUCCCGAGCACGCCCCCAAUUUGGAUACGAUCAGUCUUAACACGAUCAUACGUGAUCGUUCGCGUCAACCUUCGCCAGUCACCUCACUCUUCUCCGUGGCCUCUGCUCCAGCACAUCGGAACGACGAAAAUAUCUCACCGUUCUCUUAUCUGAAAGGAGAGGGCUUCCAGUUACGCUCAGUCUCAACACAGACACCCAAGGACAAAAGUCUCCAUGGCGUCGAUUAUCGGACUCAAGGUCGCAAUUUCUCCUUCCAGCCUAUAAUUCCAGACCAGAAGGCCCUGAAUUGUAUAGACACUUCUACAGCGGCAGCAACAACUCGAUCGCACGAUAGCAAGUUGGACGCGUGUCAGCCCGCUACGCAGUUGCCCUACGAACCUGACGAGCGAACCAAGGCGGUUCCAUCGACCCCAACACCACUAGAAAAACGUACUGCCGAAAACGCUCAGGAGCUGUCUAUCGCAAAAGCAAGGCCACUGAAACAUAGCCAUAAUGCACUGCGGACGCCUGAGACUGGCUUGCUAUCUCGAAUCCGGGAGCUCAGAAACGAAUCAAGGAGUAGAGAUCGCGAUACAUCAGAAGCAUCUCCAACUCCAGGCCAGUUGAUUGCACACCAGCAAAGGCUUUCUGACAGUUCUUCUGGCUUUGUACACUCCAUGAAGACAGCAAGUGUUACCAAUGCCAGCUUCAGCAUAUUCCCAAGAUCUUCUAGGAUGGGUCGAUCUACCGACAGUUACAACUUCCAUGGCAGCCAGCCUCGAUACUCUAUGGAUAGUGAUCGGCCACUUUCAAGCUGCUCUUUCGACGACAUCGCCCUCAGACGGGGGUUCAAGAGACAACAGGUGAUCGAUGAGCUGAUCUCUACGGAGGAGUCUUAUGUCGCCGACCUCAGAGCAUUGGUAUACCUCUACUCAACGUUAUUAGCAUCCACUUCUACCCUCACAAACCGUCUCAGGUCUGCUAUCGAGCAGAACGUAGCGGACAUAUUGCACCUGCAUGAGCGUAUCGUCGCCAAGCUUCAUAAUGCGAGACUGCAGGCAGCAGCCAGAAGAUGGGCUGAUACUGCAAUUCCUGCCAGACUGGUACAACACCGCUUGCAGAUGCGAAGUUCUGAGCGUGCUGGAUACGCACGGCCAGUUGACAUGCAUCGCUCCACAGGAUCAGAAGAAUCUGUACCUCCAUUCGAACGACUUCUGCCACCCGGUGGGUCGGCUGAACCUAUCGAUGUGUACGAGCUUACGGCCAUAUUCAAAGAGGCUAUCAAGGAGUUCUCUGCAUACGAAGAUUUUUGUGCUAACUUUGAAAUCAUCGGCCAUGAAUUACAGAAACACUCACCACAGCUCUGGCCAAUGUACGAAUCGGGCAUGGAGUCACUAGCUAGAGCAGUUCUAGCGAUCGAUCAAAGACAAGCUCAUCACAGGAAGGGUCUCACUGUCGGCGACCUUCUCAUCAAACCAAUUCAGCGAUUGACCAAAUAUCCUCUCCUACUGGAGCAGUUACUGCAUUGUACACCUGUGGCUGAUGCACCUGAUACACACGGUGAGCUCGAUGUUGUUUUGCAAGCUAUGCGAGACAUGGUACGAAUGGUCGACUUGGCACAAGAGAGCCCUUAUACGCGUAUACAAAUCCAGAGACGGGGGUUGCUGCAAGAUCGCAUCGAUCUCUCGAGGCUGAAUGUUUCGAAAGAAGAUUUUCGGUCACUUGGUCAGAUCGAGCUUUGUGGUAUCUUGCAUGUAGCAUACCAGACGACGGUGGCUAUUACUGGAGGGUAUGCUCUAUGUUCCUUGAUAGAUGAGCACUUCCUGGUCGCCUUUCCCGUAGGGAUCACUGGAAGAUUUGAAGCAGUUGCCUUGAUUCAGCUCUCCGACAUUAGGAUUGAAACGUCAACAGAUGGCAAAGGCUUGCAAUGUGCAUCGAAUUUCUUCACAUGGAAGACCUCGUUUGCGUGCACAGGUUAUUACCAUGAGCUCAUCUUGAGCGGAUGCUCGAAAAUUGAGGAAGACCAGUGGAAAGCAGGUCUACGUGGUGAGCUCAGCCAGCCAAUGCAUCACACUCUCGAUACAGGUAUGCCAGUCGCCACUUGUAUGGCACUUGACCUGAAAUCAGCUGGCAUGGUGUUCAACUCGCAGAAAUCCUUGUCGCGAAAGUCUUCCGUGCAACGAGCCGCGACAGUAGGAGGUCGACCGACUAUUUCACAUGUUAUUGUUCGAAACACCCACAACGCUCAAGAUUUGAACGAAUUUCGAGACUCGUCACAGGCUAACAAUCCAAUCAAUCGUUCUCAAUCACAUGGUAACACGAAAAGAGUCCCUGUUCUUGAGCCAAAACGCUCGGAGAGAACAAGGCUUGAGAAUAACAAUAGUGACAUCUGGACCAAGGAGAGGUUGCCUUUCCCAGGCAUAGUGGGCUCGAGAGGUCAAAUGAUCCGUGCUUCAGCUGGUACCUUGGCACGAAAGUUGAGCUUAGCAUCAAUCCAUACACCGUUUUCGAAAGGUCGAACAUCGAGUCUCUCAAUGGCGAGCAGGAAGUCAUACGAGCUCUUCAACGAUGCCAAAUCCACUUUCGAGAUCCGCAGAAAAGAUCCAGCUCAACCAAUGCCAGCUCGGAUAAAGCCUCGCGAUAUACCAGAGGUUGACGACAUGCGAAGUGUGGUUGGCCGAAUGAUUGGUGCUGGUGCACCCAGGAUAGCGCGCGACGACCACGAUCUCGCAGUCAGUCGGACACGAAGCAGAAGAUCUCGCAAGCCUUCCUACCGAGCGAUAGGACCAGAUGACCCUGCAGCGGUCUACUACGAAAGCUCUGCCCGUACCACUAAUGCAAGUGGUUCUCAUGACACCAGAGGAAGAAGAGAAACAGAGUCUCUGUCUAUCAUAGGAGCUGAAGGGCCACGACCAAGGAAGAAGAGGUGGAGUAGCCCAAUUUCAAAGUUUCGAGAACUGAGAUCUGAGGCGAAGAGUAUACUGUAUUCUAGCUCCUCAGGAGCAUAG